GCCCGAUCAGGGAGCACAACAUCAUGUAAUGCCCAACCAAGUUGCACACCAUCCUGGAAUCCCUACUCAGACAGCACAACAUCCUGGAAUGCCAUAUCAGACAGCACAACAGCCUGGAAUGCCCACUCAAAUGGCACAACAAACAAGAAUGCCCACUCAGGCAGCACAACAGCCUGGAAUGCCCAAUCAGACAGCCCAACAGCCUGGGAUGUCAAAUCAAGCACCACAACAACACCCAAGUCAGACAACCAUUCCAAAUUCAGAAGGUAAUCUUCAUGGUCCUAUAAGUAUGCAGUAUAUGGGUGCGCAACAAUACCAGCCUCAACAGUUUAUAGCUGCAUCUCAGCCAAACAUGAGCCAACCCACCCCACCAUCAUCCUCUUAUCAAAACGCCCCAACUCCUAAACAAAUGCAGACUCAGUUCCAACAGCCCCAAUCUCAAUAUAAUCAACAACAAUACCAGCAGCCCCAACAAGGCCCCAUUCAGACACAGCAAGUACAGCCUAAAAUUGGCCAAAAUGUGCAACCCCAAGCCUAUAAUGUUCAGCCUCAAACACAGUCACAUGGCCAACAAGGGCAAACCCCCAUGCAGUAUGUGCAGCCUCAAGUGCAACAAAAUUACCAGCCAACUAGCCAAGGGCAACAACCUAUCCAACAAGGAUCCCCCAAGCAUAUGCCAACCAAUCUGGGAUACCAGCAACCUACCCUUACACACGGAAAACCUAUCCAACCUGUGUUACCACAGCAACAAGUGCGAUCACAACAACAAAUGCAACCACGGCAACAAAUGAUACCCCAGCAACAAGUGCAAUCCCAGCAACAAGUGCAUCCCCAGCAGGAAGCAAAUCCCCAGCAGCAAGUCCAUCCCCAGCAACAAGUGCAACCACAAGUGCAACUACAACAACAAAUGCAACCCAGGCAACAAGUGACACAACAACAAAAUCAACCACGGCAACAAAUGUUACCUAAGCAACAGGUGCAACCCCAGCAAUAUAUGCAACCACAACAUACAGGCCAACCAGCACAGUCUAGGUAUAACAGUCCUCCAACAUCCCAUGUGUCUAAUCAAUCAACUCCUCAAUGGAACCCUUACACAAACCCACCUGGAAACUCAACCUCAUACCCAAGUCAAAUACCAAACAGCCAGGCCAGUAUUCAACAAAGCCAAGCCAAACAAGUUCCACCAAGCAGCCAGGGUAGCCAGUUUAAUCAAGGCAAUCAAGUGCAGUAUGGACAAAGCAGCCAAGUUCCAUUGAGCCAAGGUACUCAGUCUGGCUAUGGGAACCAGGCACAGACUGCCCAGCAACCUGGUCCACUUCAACAACAAGGAUAUAAUCCCUACCAGCAAACACAUUCCCAGGCUAACCCUGUAUCUAGUCAGUUAUCUCAGCCAGGUCAACAGGCAUGGCAACAUGGAGUGCCGCAGAGUCAGUAUCAAAAUCAAGGGCAAAUACAGCCUCCAAGACAAGGUCAGCCUUCACAAGGUCAGCCUUCUCAACAAGGGCAGCCUUCAUUACAACAAGGACAGCUACCAAGACAAGGGCAGACACAAGGGCUGCCACCAACAACAGGACAACAAGCUUACCAGCAACCCUAUCAAACUGUCCCUCCCACUUCAAAUACAGCUUUAUUAAGUCAGCUACCCCCACAUAGUCAAAUACCCCCACAAAACCAAGCUCCAAUGCAGCCUCAUUCAGGAGCGCCCCCACAGCCUAUACAUACCCCUCCCCUCGCUAACCAAUCCCCAGCCCCUCACCCACAACAAACACAUCCCCCCUACAGUCAACUACAGCCAACGAACAACCAGAUCCUUCAACCUAUGACCAAAACCCCUAAACCAAAGGUCAAUGUGGAUCUCCUGUCCAAAAGCCCAGAGGCAGAGACCAGCCCCAACCCAGUCUUGACUCCAGUAGUCAUCACCGCUGAGGAUAUUAAACGCAAACAAGAAGAAGAGAUGAAAAAUAAACUCAUAACUAGCACGAAAGAUCCAUUCUCUGAUAAGGAGUCUUUGGAUAAGUUUGUUGGAGAGGUGAAGACUUUUGAACAUGUGGUAGAUGGCCUCAGGAAAAAUACACUAAAAGGUCCUACACAUCUCGAUUCAGAAUGGAAGGAGCUUAGUGAGAAACAAGAAAAAACAAGUCGUAAGCUUACUAUGGCAAUAGCCAAGUGCUACCCAAUGAAGAAUAGAUCACAGGACAAUAUUCCUUAUGACCAGUCAAGGGUAUGCUUGUCCACUACAAAAGAUGAUUACAUCAAUGCUAGUCAGAUAGAUGAUUUGUGCCCAAGUUGCCCCAAGUUUAUUGUCACACAGGCCCCUCUUGCAGGCACUGUGCCAGACUUCUGGACUAUGGUACAAGAACAGGGCACUGAGAUUGUGGUAAACCUGCUCAAUGGGGAUGAAUCGAUAAAGUACAAAGUCCCAGCUUAUUGGCCAACAGAAAGAGGCAAACCAGUGCAGUAUUUUAAUGUCACCCUGACCCUUCAGCGUACCACAGAUAAACCAUUAUGGGUGGAAAGCAUUAUAACUCUUAGUCAUACAAAGUCGAGACAAACCAGAUCUAUCAUACACCUGCAGUACAAAGGUUGGCCAUCAAGUGGCCUCCCUGACAGUCCAACUGGUCUACUGGGUUUUCUUAAUGAGGUGAACAAUUACUACAAACAACAGCGGAGUCUACUGAAGCCUAUUGUAGUCCAUUGCAGCACCGGCAGUGGACGUUGUGGUAUAUUCUGUGUGGUCUACACAGGCCUUCAGGAGAUCAACAUCGGGCAUGGGAUCAUAGAUGUCGCUGCUCUCGUCAGCCAAAUCCGACAACAACGAAAGUACUUGGUGUACACUAAGGAGGAGCUCGAGUUCUGUUAUCACGCUCUGCUGUACUAUGGACAGGAUUUACUCAUGAAAAGGGGUAUAUUAACCAGUCGUGUGUCAUUUGGUGACAAACUGCCAAGUCCUGGAGAGAAACCACACAGACUCCCAUCUGAGGAUUUUAUCUUGGGAACUGGGAAUCUUACAGCUAUACAGUCAAGUAUCUCAGAGAUGUUCAAAACAUCCAGUUCUUCCCCACCUCCUCCCCAUACAUCCACCGCAGAAAUACAUGACACACAGAGGGAGGAUAACAGAACAGCUAAUGGAGCUCCAGAACAGCCAGUUAAUAUUGAGCCAGUCGCGAAAAACGUUGAUACACAUAAACAUGAAGAACAAGUUGCUCCUAUAAAUGGAGAUGAUAUUCAAGAUUCUGUUGGUCAGAAUAACCCAAAUGACAUCACCACAGAAUCUGACACUCAGAAACCAACUGAGAUCACUAACACUGCAUUAACUGAUUUACAAAAUCCUGAAAAGUUCACGCUUGAACCUAGCCCAAGUUCAAAGAGGAAAAUAACAAAAGCAAACUUUAAUACACAUUCUGGUUGUCUUGAAAGCUCACAGGUGGACCCUGCCGACCCCCUGAGUCAAUUGGAUGCCAUGUGGUCUGUGAAAGGCAAGAAAUAACCAUGCAAGACACCUUUGUAGAAUGUUUAUAAAUUACUUGUACUGUGAGAUUCAUACGUUAAUUGCUUUAAAUAUACAUGUAUACAACGAUAUAAUGUACCUAUGAUUAAAAAUUGGUUCAUAUAUAUAAUAACUAUUCCUGCACAGUUUAACCUUAGAGGUUACAUUUGUAUGUUAAAUUGAUAUAUGUUGCUUUGUAAAAAGAAACAGUUACCAAAGAUUUCAUUGACAUCUCUCACUAUUAAUCCAUGAAAAAACUUGUAAGAUGUACAGUGUGGUGUAUCAUAAAAUGUGUUAGGAAUUAAAAUGUGUUCACAAAGACUGUUCUCAAGGAGACAUUUCUACAAAAUGCUUUAUCACUACAACAGAUAUAAAAUGAGCAAGCUACUUCAUACACAAAUUUAAUGAAAGAAACUGGACAUUUAUCAACUUUGUAUAGAAAACCCAAAGUUUCUACUAGAUGUAACAGUAAUAUUUGAUUUUAAAGUGGCAGUAAAGAAUAGAGAGAGUUCAAUGUUGGAAGCAGUUUUUAGAAAAGUAUGCCAAUGUUUUCUUUG